UCAUUACGGGCGGUGCGAGCAGGCAGGACUCACGUGCGCCACUCCUCCCCGUGAGUGACUGACAGUAGCGCGCUCCGGUGCACAACCCGGCUGCCUGUGUAUCACUCCAUUAAAUCUUGGUGCUGCUUGAGAAAGGGUAGAAGAACAGUCCGCCACACAGCCGGGCAUGGCGUGGGCAGUUUUGUGGGUGUGUGUGUUGGCCUCCCUCACGCACGGCUUGCCCCUCGAUAGCAGCCCUUCCCCGCGAGCUUUUGUGGGAUUCUCCUUCUGGCCACCGGAGCCCGAGGUGGAGCCCGUGGAGUGUGCUGCCGCCAACACCCUCCUGCCGCGGGGCACCUGCUUCAGGAGCGACGACUGCAUCAAGCUCGGGGGCGUGGCGUCUGGCAAAUGUGCAUCCGGCGGGGUGUGCUGCGUGGUGCCGGUGCUGUGUGGCGGCGUGGCACGGCACAACAACACAUGGUUCGUCAACAAGGACUUCCCCAAGGCCACCACCGACCCCGCCUCUUGCACCAUCACCAUCAGGAGAGCCAACGCGAAGGUGGUGCAGGCGAGGCUGGAGCUCGAGGUGCUGGAUCUAGGAACGCCUCGCCGUGGUCGGUGCCGAGAGGACUCCUUCCUAGCCACGCGUGCCAGCGUCUCCCAGCCCAUCACGCCCACCCUCUGUGGAAAUAACUCUCGACAACACAUGUACGUGGACUUACUGCCUGGGGAAGUGGAGGUACAAGUGAAGCUGGACAACUCACACCUGCUCCCGCGCCAGGGCCUCCCUCAACGACAGUGGAAGGUGCUCAUCACGCAGCACCCGCAGGAGGAGGCAGCGCCUCACGGGUGUCUGCAGUACUAUCGCCAGGACUCCUCCACGGUUCACUCUCUCAACUAUGACUCCGGACUCAACUUUGCUGAUCAUCUCAACUACGACGUAUGUUUCACCAGGCUGUCCAGAUCCCAGAAGAGCGAGGAAUCCUGCAAGCGUCAGUUCAGCAACGUGAACAUGGAGCAGAACAGUCUGAACCGCAUGGUGCGAGACAGCCACCACAGCCACUACAGCCAAGCCGCCAGUGGGAAGAGACACAAACCCAAUAGGCACGGCAGCGGCACAACCACCAGUAAGAGGAGGACCGGCAGGAGCGUGGAUCAGCCCCAGGAAGCACGCAGCGGCAGGAGGUCAGAUAAGAGUGUGGAUCAACCUGAAACACGCGGCGACAAGAAGGAGAGCGAUUCCAAGCAGUACUCUGAGGAGGACCGGGUCAACUUCGGCGUGAUGGACGUCCUUGGGCUGGUGAAUAGGACCGUGGAGGAGGUGCGCGUGUCUGGAGGUGCUGUAGCCGAGGAGGAAGACCAAAACAUCAUCCCUUUGAUCGUUUGGUCCCAAGACAACCAAGAUGAUCCUGCCUCAACAAACACCAGUACAUUGAAGAACAUUACCAGUGUGCCUCUCAUGGCCCCAGUGAUCUCCAGUGCAGAGAGUCCCAGCCCAGCAAGCCCGGUCCCAACGCACGCCGUGGAGGAGCAGCCCGCUGUGGAGGAACGCCCGAUACCCCUGGUUCCGAUCCUGGCGUCCCAGACCAACGAGGCUGUCAUCACGCAGAUACAGCACGUGGUCCACCAAAUACAGCAGGAGAAGGAGCAGCAGUUGAGUAAGGAGGAGGAAAAGAGAAUAGAUGAGGAAGACAAUGAAGAGACAGGUAUAAUUCUCACCACCGCCAUUCAAGACCAGACGGAAACAGCAGUGACUGAGCUCUUCACCCAAACAAGCGGCGCUGCUGACUGGAACGAUCUUCUCGUGGUGGGUUCGGACAUACCAGUAACUGAAGCUGACACGCCAUUGCCUAAAUCCACGCCGAAUACAGGACCGAUCUCUGAAUCCCCACGCCCCGAGUACCCUCAAAGUCCGGUGCUUCAGGAUAGCGUGGAGGUCACAUCUGGCUACAUAUCGGUCCAGGAGAAUGCCGAAUCUGAUGUCACGACCUCCCAUCCGAAGUUCACCAUGGAAACUGUCCCGCCUCAGCCACCCAACACUUCCCAGACGCUCCCAGAUGACGGAAUCUUUAGUAUCCACGCCGCUACUCUCAACACCCGCACCGCAACGCCGGACAGUACUCCAAACGUCACGACUCCCUCUAUUCCGCUGACUACAACCUCAAGCAACCAGACAUUCUAUACCCAGACCAUACCACUCGACGCCACCACCACGCCGCUCACCACGGAAACCUUACCCGCUGAGGACACAACUACACAUGUUCCUGUCACGCUCCCCUACGUCUCACUCCCAAACACCCAAACCACGACCAAAGAUGCCUCUAUUUCACCUCCACAGACUACACCUGCUGACACCCGAAUAGCUUCUUCCGACGUCCCCACCACGUCGCCUGUUACCAGUUCAGACCUCUUGGCACCCUCUGUUCUAACCUCCACGGAGCUGUGGGCGUUGAAGGAGACACACUCUCCUGUCAACUUGACUACCCUGGAGGGCAGCACAGAGGACGUGGAUGAGAUGCUGGAGAAACUGAAAGAUCAGUUCCUGACAGAGUACUUACUGAACGGCAACCAGCCCUCUGAGGACCCGAGUGACUUGUACUUAGGGACGCUGGGCGGGACCAAGUCUGAGGAAGACACCAGUUGGGUCACCGCGGGGAUGGUGGUGAGUGGAGCUGCUACACUUCCCUCUUCCUCCCAGGCCCAAGAUCUGAUGGGUGUCUCGGGACAUCCUAUAGAGACCACAGUUAUGCCUAAGGCCACAACCUUGGAGGAGGAAGCAAUGAAUAUCUUAGGGACUGAGAACUUCAAUGAUUUAUCGAUAAUGCAUGACACCACAACAGACGCCAGCCUUGCAGCAGAGACUGAGCCUGUGACGGUGGAGGACUCUGAUGAGUCUACGGAGUCUGGUCCUACAGCUAACUUGGUGUCUGUCACUGAGCCUGUCACUGGAUUCGCUUUCACGACACCAGAUUACUUCACCGACACCUCCACAGCUAGCGCUACCACUGCCGCCACCACUACCGCCAUCAUCACUACCACCACUACCACCACCCCUCUCGCUGGCAGCGGGGAUGGCAGCCAGGACGUGCACCUUACCGUGAAGAUAGAGGAGCCACCAGAAGACACCCACAGUGAUCCAGACUUCCCCUUGCAAGAUGACGGCAACAAACAAGCAACAAUAAACCUCGUUAUCAACACCGUCGCCUCCUCAUCCUCCGCCACCACCAUCCAUCUGGCACCCUCCACCGCCACCACUGCUGCACCUGCCAUACCGACCCUACCCAUCACCACUUCCACACUCACCACCACCUCCACUCUUAUCACAAUCAUUCCCACCACCAUUCACAACAUUAUAUCUGCAUUCCCUCCCACCACCACCACCACCACUACCAUCUCGUCAUCCCUUCUAACCACCUCCACACACACUCCUGUCACCACUGCCACCAUUGGUUUCGAUGUCACCUCAGUCACCACCACUGCUCCCACAACUACUGUCACAACCCUUCACGCUGCCCUGCCAUUCACUACUAUAUCUGUAACCCCAACCACCACCACGACUAUCACCCUUGGCCUCUCCACCGCCCACUUGCCAGGGACUGGAGAUUCCAUGCAGGUGGAGCUGACUGUCACUGACCCAGAAUCGGUACAAGUGGUGGGGGAUCUGGUGAUGGCCGACCAUGGUGCUCCUCAGAGCCCGGCAGAGAUUCACCAGGUAACACCACCCCCCGCCCUGGCUGACGACAUUCCCUGGCUCGUCCUGGACGGCAGCGAGGCGUCCGUCUCCUUGCCUCCAGAAAUUGUAGUGUCCUCAGAUAUCGGUUUUCCAGGUGACAUUUACGAGCCGAGUGUUGUGAGUCACGAGACAGCUGUGACGGUGGCACAACACAAUGCGGCGCCCGCAACGAGUGAAGAGGUCACUACAGAGAGCCUCGGAGGGGCUGUGCAGGGCUUGACAGAAGAGGAAGGUUCUGAUGCAUUAGGAGAAGAACCUUUAAGUGAAUUUCAGAUCGUCAAUAAUGAAAGUAAUGGGUUGACAGAUGAAGAAAAUUCGGUCACCACUUCUACAGAACAGGACAAUUUCGCAGCCUCCGAUAUUGUAGAACCAUCAAGCUCAGGGGAUGUCACUGUAACAGAGGCAGUUCUACAAGGGACAACCACUUCUCAAAAUCUAAUGGGAGUCACAAGUUCUCCUACAGCUGACGUUGCGCCAGGAGGCACGAUCACUAUGCCACCAGGGGAGGCGUCUCCAGGGAGCCUAACAACACCAGCAGGUGGGCAGGAACCCUCCCCCACCACCACCACCACCACAUAUGCCCCUUCCAUUACCACCACCACCAGCUCUUCCUCCGCCACAACUCAUAAACCUUCCACCACUAUCACCACCACCUUGCCAGCCAUGACCGUCACCAAGGCCACCCUCGGCGCGCAGAUAAACAUACACGUGCACGACGCUCACAGUGACGUGGAGGACACAGACUCGAGUGAGAACACUAUCGAGGCGACCAUUGAUCUCAUUGCUAACAGUGACGACUACACGCUGCCACAGGACCUACACGCUGAGGAGGAGGAGGAGGAGGAGGAGGAGGAAGAGGACUUCUAUGAAGCAUUCAGUGAAAUCGAAGAAGAGAGUGAGCCAGUGAGCGAGGAGCCAGUGUGCGGUGGCGCCUACGUGAUGGUGCGUCAGCGCUUGGUGUGUGGGGCACAGCUGCGUCACAGCCUGCAGGACCACAUCUCCUCCCCUGAUGAGCGCUUCGAGGACGUUGAGAGGUUCUCGGUGCGCACACUGAACACCGCAACACGCAGCCUGCGCUUCUCAUUGGACUAUGAGACCAUGUGCCCGCGUGCUGCGCUCCCUCCCCCCACCCCUCCCGCCCCCACUAAGAAGAGGGUGACUCUCCUGCAGUAUAUCCUGGGCUGGUACCGCUAGUUCGAUGACGCCGCCAGACGACUGGUCUCUGUGGAUCCGCCGCAUGCUGAGCGACGGAGAACAGUUUGCUGACUCCACCUCCAUCGCUGCUGUUUCAUCCUCUACCAUCCAGCGGCUGCUGUCCACUGUUGUUAUUGCUUCUGUUGUUAGUAGUGACAAAGUCUGCCGGAUGUUGCAACUUGAUGCAGCGGCACGAUCCUGUUUGAAGAGUGGCUGUUUGACGAUGCUGUAGCAAAGGAACACAGGUAGCGGUGGUGGCGGUGCAAGUCGCAAGAGUCACGGUCUCACGGACACUGGGGUGGCAUAUCCUGAGGAAGGCGAUGAAGCGGAGGUCAUGCACAUACAUGGAUUGUUGUUGUUGUUGUUGCUGUUGUGGACGGGGAAACAGAAGUCAUCUGGCGCCAGCAGUCACGAGAUGUACAGUACGUGGUAACGAAGGGACGGCGAACAACUCAGGCACCACAUUAUUAUUAUUAUUAUUAUUAUUAUUAUUAUUAUUAUUAUUUAUUACUAUUAUUUACAUCAUUAUCAUUAUCAUCAUCACCAUUAUCAGCAGCAUUAUCAUCAGCAUCAGCAUCAUCGUUUGUUGUUAUCACUGUUGCCACUCAUCAUAAAUAUCAUCAUCACCAUCAGUGAAUCGCUCAAAUAGUGUUGCGGGUGUGUGCUGGCGCCAUGCAACAUUCUGUACUGUAAAAACCGAUACUUGUAAGAGAACACAAGUGUGUGUGUGUGUGUGUGUGUGUGUGUGUGUGUGUGUGUGUGUGUGUGUGUGUGUGUGUGUGUGUGUGUGUGUGUGUGUGUGUGUGUGUGUGUGUGUGUGUGUGUGUGUGUGGUGUAGCCCUUCUGCCCUCUGUGCUAGAAGUGCUUAAGACCCUAAACUAAUAUCACAACAGAUGUUGUUGUUUAUCAUUUCUUUGCAUUCCUUUGUGUUCUCAUUUAUGUCUGGUAAGGAAUGAACACGCUGCGCUAACUGUUCAUUCAAGAACACUAUAUAGGUAGGUAUCAACUGUGUUGCUUUCAUUCAUGAUCUUGUAAGGAUUCGUUCAUAUGUUAGAUGUUUAUGUAGAUUAAGAAUGGGCAUUUAGCAAACCCAGUUUAUUGCUUAUUUACAUACUUAUUUAUUUAUUCACCGAUUCAUUUACUUUGAAUGAGUAACUACCACUCGCUGGCGUAAGCUCAAUCUGUAAAACUGUGUGUCACAAUAACCGCGUCUUGUAGUGCAACUGUUGCCACGCUGUGUAUGAAAAGCUGAGUGUAGGAAUGUUGUAUUUUUUAAGAUUCAUUUUCAUUUUAUUUAUUUAUUUUUUUUUUACGUUCGCGAUCAUUAAGCACAUAAUAGUACUUGAAUUCACUGAUAGAUACUGAAAUAUACUGAAUGUAAAUUGAG